AAAUACAAACAUUCAUACAAUCACUUCAUUUGAUCCCAAGAUAUGACACAACAGAUGAAACACAAGAAGACAUCACUCGAGACCACAGAUGACGGCAAUGAAGACAACAAACAACAGUCACAUAUCUAUGCGAAGGACUAUUUGGAUCGAUUCGGUGAUGAUUUGUGUGCACUUCUCGUGUCGUAUCUCUCACUCGAAGAUCGGUUUCAAUGCGAAUGUGUGUCCAAACAGUUCCAGAGGACAGUCUUCGUGAGUGUUGUGGACAUCACUCUUAGCGAUGGAUUAAUUCAUAGAUUACUGAAAGAGAAAAGAAGUGAUAUUCAAAUGUUGGCCACAUUUGCCAUAAAAUGUCCAAACAUUCAAACUAUUGACUGUCGAGAAGUAACCACUGAAUACGUGAAACGUGUUCCCGAAGUGUUGAAUACAUUACGACAGUAUUGCCGGCAUUUACGGCACAUUUACUGCAAUUUUUGGAAAAAUUGCGAUCAAAUAGUCCAACAGUUCGGACCACUGGUCACAACCAUUUCUAACAUGUCAUCAAAAGGCAAACAAUGGAUCAUUAAUUGCCCGAAAUUGUCUCAAUUAGACACCAAUUCGUUGUCCCGUCUCUACGACAACACUUCCGGACAAAUAUUAGCUAAAAAUUUACACAAAUUUUGGUUAUUUUGCGGUCACAAUGAGAGUAACCAACAGUUGUCUGCGUUUGUGACACACAAUCAGACCCUUAAAAGUCUUCUCAUAAGUGUUUAUUAUGACAAUAACGAGGACUUGAGUGAAAUGCUGACCCAAUUGUCACGAUUAACACAAUUACGUGAUCUGACACUCGGUUUAUAUCUACUGAAUGGCGAGAACUCAUUGUCUAAGUCUUUGCGUACAAUCGGUUUAAACUGCAAACAAUUGCAACGAUUGUCACUAUCUGUUGAAUCCGAAGCCAUAAAACUCAAUCCCCAGACAUUGGAUUCGUUGAGAUGUUAUCACAGCUUAAAACGAUUGCAUUUAACACUCGUUGGAGAAAACACACAACAGUUAUGGGAACCGUUGAAACUCUGCCACCGAUUAACACAUUUAACACUAAACCAAUCGGACAAAGAAUUUCUUUAUGGUAAUGAUAUUAAGCCUGAUUUAAAGCUAUUAAGUGACAAAUUACUGGUUAAUUGUGACAAACAUUGGCCGCGACUUCAAUACCUGUCUAUCAUAUCUGAUGAAAUCACUGGCGAGUGUUUGUCACACCUCUCAAGACUACCGGCGCUGCAAAUGCUUGUCAUUAAAUCGCGUAAAACUAAUGAUCUCUCGGAUAAUGAUUUGAAUGCUGUGUUGUCUUCGAGUCCCAAACUCAAGACAAUUGAAAUCCGUGUAAACAGAGCAUAUCAACUUAAACUCAAUGUCCAAACAUUGGAUUCGUUGAGAUAUUAUUCCCGAUUAAAACGUUUGGAUUUAACACUCAAUUCAGACAUUAAUCAGGAAGUGUUGGAACCGUUGAAACUCUGCCACCGAUUAACACAUUUAACACUCAAUAUAUGGCAAAUGAGUGAUAAAUCACUGGAUAAUUGCGAUAAACAGUGGCCAAGACUUCACUACUUGUCCAUCAAAGCUAUUAUAAUCACUCGCGAGUGUUUGUCACACAUCUCAAGACUACCGGCGCUGCAAAUGCUUGGCAUUCAAUUAUGUUUCAAAUAUCCUCUCAACAAAUAUGAUUUCAAUGAUAUGUUGUCUUCGAGUCCUAAACUCAAGACAAUUGAAAUCCGUGUAAACAAUGAGAAGAAGUUUUAUUCGAAAUAA